AACUUUGACAGCCACAGCGUGACAAUCAUGAAUUGUCAACAAAUCAAAACCGUCAAUAGUGCGUCAAAAGUUGUAUCUAGAAAUCCAGGAAUCGAUCAAUACUUUCGUUUUAACGUUUUGUUAAGUGUUAUAAAACUCCUCUUCAUAUUCUAUCCAAGUCAGAAGAAAGUCGUCACCAACGAGGAGUAAUAAACGUAUAAAAUGGCAGCUGACCCGUGGGUUAUCCAGCCCCACGAGCAUGUGAAGUUUGCGGAGCACUUUCGUAACCUCGGCCCCAUCAACGGCCACCUCACUGGGGAGCAGGCCAAGAGGUUCAUGCUGCAGUCACAACUGCCUCCCCCUAUUCUGGGUCAAAUCUGGUCCCUGGCUGACACCAAUGCUGACGGCAAGCUUGACCUGAAGGAAUUCUCUAUUGCCUGCAAGAUAAUCAACCUCAAGCUCCAUGGUAUCGAAAUACCGAAGGCGUUACCGCCAUCGCUACUGGCAUCGCUCAGCCCUACAGGUGCAAAGCAACAGUUCCCACCACCGAAACCACCAAUCCCACCCAUGCCCAACAUGUCCCAACCACUAAUCGGUGGUCUACCUCAGUCUAACCAGUCCCUGCUCGGAGACUUUAACGGUCAGCCGUCCAUCCCCGCCAAGCCGGCCCCACCAACUGUCCCCGACCUCAUCUCCGGCGUGAAACCUGCUCAACCAUUGAUGAGUCAAUUCAACCAGCCAAUGGGUGCUCCAGUGCAGCCUAUGAUGCAGCCGCCAUUGGCAACGGCUCAACCGGUCAUACCAAACCUGCCAAUGCAGAGUAGACCUCUGGUUGGCGCCCAACCGCUAGUCGGAUUGGCUCAACCGUUAACUACGCAACCACUCAUGAACCAGACCCCUCUGUUGGCCCAAAACAUAAUGGGAUCUCAGGCGCCUCCGGUUCCGAUCAACGGAAUUGCAGCUGAACCGCUAAUCAGUACGGCACCGCAACCACAGAAUCUGAUUAAUACGUCGCCACCUUCACAACCUUUAAUCGCUACCUCCCAACCACUACCUAGUCAACCACUGAUGUCCAGUGAGCCACUGAUCGGCAUGGGUCAGACGUCCCCGCCUCAGCAGCCUCUCGUAGGUCCUACGCCCCUGGUCCCGAGCUCGCAGCCGCAGCCAACCCAACCCACUGGUCUGUCCAGUCCACCGAAGCCAACAGCGGUGACCACGACCGCCAGCCAGCCUGUCACCUCUACGCCGAUCACUGCCGUCAAGAGCGAUUCGUUCUCUAAGCCUGGGUCUCUGAUGGGUUCGUUGGUGAGCAGCCCCACGGAGCCGAUGGGUGUGGUCAGCCCGCCCCCCGGCGCCGAUUGGGCCAUCCCGCAGCCGCAGAAACUCAAGUACACGCAACUAUUCAACGCGACGGAUCGCUCGAAGUCCGGUUCUGUAUCCGGUGCCCAGGCGCGCGCCAUCAUGCUGCAGUCGCGGCUGCCGCAGCCGGCGCUGGCCCAGAUCUGGGCGCUGUCGGACCUGGACGCGGACGGCAAGCUGGGCUGCGAGGAGUUCGUGCUGGCCAUGUACCUGUGCGAGCGCGCGGCGCACGGCGAGCCCGUGCCCGCUAAGCUGCCGCCGGAUCUGGUCCCGCCCACUUUCAGGGCCCGUCGUCGCGAGUCAGUCACCAGUUCUGGCAGCACGCGGUCGUACGAGGAGCGGCGGCGAGAGAACCUCGCGCGCGGUCAGGCUGAGCUCGAGCGCCGCCGCGACCAGCUCGCUACGCAGCAGAUACAUGAAAAGGAGGAAGAGAUGGAGAGAGAGCGGAAAGAGCGAGAAGAAGCGGAGAAGAAGGAGAAGCUGCGACUGGAGGCGCAGAAGAAGGAGCAGGAGGAACAGAUGAGAAAACAGAAGGAGGAACAGGAAAAGCGAGAGGCAGCUCGUAAAGAGAUGGAGAGGCAGUGCCAACUUGAGUGGGAGAAGAAGAGAACUCGUGAACUAGAAGCUAUGCGUGCUGAAGAGCAGAGCAAGGUUUUGAGCCUAAAAGCGCGUAGCCAGGCGCUGGCCGCCGAGCUCGGCACCGUCACCACGCGAGCUGGCAACCUCGCCAAGGAGAUCAGAGACACGCGUACAGCUGUCGCCGCCGCUAAAUGCACCAUCGACUCUAUGAGGUCUGACCGUGACGCGAGUAUGGCGGAGAUGUCGCAGCUGAAGGCCAAGGUGAAGGAGCUGAACGCCAAGCAGAUUUCCCUCAACAAGGAGAAGGCGGAGCUCGAUGCCAAGGCGAAGGCGUCCGAAGGUGCGGGUGAGGACGGCAAGCUCAGCAUGAUGGAGGUCACACUCAAACAGCUGCGGGAUAAGGUGGACGCAGCCAAAGCCAUCGUGGAAAGCAAGAAGAGCGACCUGGAGUCCAACAAAUCGCAGCUGGCGGAGCUGUCGGAGACAGUGGCCAAGCUCAGCGAGCGGUGCGAGGUGGUGUGGAAGCUGUACGAGCAGCGACGAGACGAGUACGUCCAGAGCCGCUCCACCGCGCCCGCUGAUCAGUGGCCCGCAGAGGCGGACUGGGGCACAUCGGAUGCGGCGUGGAGCGAGCCCGCCGCGGACACGUGGGGCGACGCGCCCGCAGCCAGCGCGACGGAGGCGGUGCCCGCUGCGGCGAGUGUGGGCGGGGCGGGGGCGGGGGCGGCGCCGCGCUGGCGCUGCGUGUACGAGUUCACGGCGCGCACGCAGGACGAGCUCAGCCUGCAGCCCGGCGACCUGGUGAGCGAGGCGCCAACACCACGCGGCGACGCCGAGCCAGGAUGGGCGUGGGGCACUGCCAGAGGUCAGUCCGGCUGGUUCCCGGAGUCAUACGUGGAGGACCUGACGGCGGUGGCCUACACCGACGCCGUGGAAACUAUAGAAACUAAGACGCAACUAGAAGCUGUGGUUGACAAUGCUCUGACUCCACCGGGUAUCGCAGAGGUACCGGAAGCGGAAAUCGCCAGCGACCUCGGUGGUGCGAUGCCCGCUGUUGAGGGCGGCGACUUCUACAUAGCGGCGUACCCGUACGCGUCGGGCGAGGCGGGUGACCUGACGUUCGAGGCGGGCGAGCGCAUCGAGGUGAUGCGGCGGGACGGCGACUGGUGGACCGGCAGGAUCGGCAGCAGAACCGGCAUAUUCCCAUCCAACUACGUGACGAAGGACGCGACGGCCGGCACGGACGUCAUGUCCGCCAUCCCGGAGACCCGCGAGCCGGAGCCGCAGCCCGAGCCGCAGCCGGAACCCCAGCCGGCACCGCAGCCCGUGCAGCCCGAGCCGGAGAUCAAGCCGGAGCCUGUACAGGAGCAGAAAUCAUCAACGCCAGUGUCAUCGGAAGUAGCAGCGAUAACGGAAAGCGCGGCGACGGCGGCGGCGGGCGGGCGACCCGCUUCCGCCGCGCGGCGAGACAGCGGGCGGGACUCUGCCGCCGGCCGCCGCAAGCACGAGGUCGCGCAGGCGCUCGCCAACUACACCGCCACCAGUCCCGAGCAACUCUCCCUGGUGAAGGGUCAGCUGCUGGUGGUGCGCAAGAAGGCGGACAGCGGGUGGUGGGAGGGCGAGCUGCAGGCGAAGGGCCGUAAUAGACAGUCCGGCUGGUUCCCCGCCAGCUAUGUUAAGGUUCUACAAUCCUCCGGCCGCACCUCCGGUAGGACGACCCCCGUCAUGUCCAAGAUGGACACCGUGCCCACAGAAACUGUCAUCGAUAAGGUGAUCGCGCUGUACCCGUACACGGCGCAGAACGCGGACGAGCUGAGCUUCGAGAAGGACGACAUCAUCGCCGUCACUGACCGCAGCCAGGACCCCGCCUGGUGGCAGGGUGAGCUGAGAGGCAUGACAGGCCUAUUCCCCAGCAACUACGUCACUAAACUUGUCAACUAAUUUUAAGCUCACCGUCAUAAUAUUGUUGUUGAUCAAACUUUACACUAUGUAGACCAGACGGUUAUACUUAUGUGAUUAAGAUAGUAUGCUAAAAGCUUUUCAAACUAUACUAAGCUUAUAGAUUGUGAAAAGCUGUUGAAAUCGAAAUCAUGUGCUUCAUAGGAUAAUGGCACUUUUUAGUGAUGGUAUAACACUAAUUAAUAAAGUAGAUUUUUUGCUUUGUUGCGUCUACUUUAGAACUUGUGAUUGUAUUACAUAAUACAUUGUUAUGACCAAAGAUAGUCAUUCCUUAAUGUGUUUUUAUCUUAUAGUGAAUUAAAAGACAUUGACUAUGGUAUUAUAUAUAUAAAAAAUAUAUUAGUACCAAGCCGCGAGACAAAUACACUGUUUGUCAAGCAUGAUAAAUAAUUUUAAACACAAAGUACCAGCAUAAUAUAGCGUCACAGCAAUGAUAUACAUGAUAAUAAUAUUUUAUGCUGAAAUCCAAAUGUUAUGAUGUUUUAUAAUAUUAUUAAAAAAUGUAACUUUUGUUCUCGCCAUUAGAUGUUAAAAUUACGAAUUUCACAGGUAGUUCUAUAUAGUACAGAACUGCUUGCUAUUUAAAUGAAUUUAGUUGUUGCUAGCCUAAAGUAGAUAAUAUAUUAUGUUAAUGAU